GGCUUGAGUCGUGAGUCGGUGUACGGAUUCAGAUUCAAGAUUCAAGAUUGGGAUCGAACUCGCACCGCCCGCACCUCUUCCAACUUCAGCGGCCGCUCACUACUCGACAGCCUCGCGCGUGGCUGGUGCAUCGCUCGUCAAAUCUUGGCUCGACCCACAGUGUCAAGCCUGCGAGACCGAGUGACGGGCACACCCUCUCGAGCUCCGCCUCGCCUGCUUCCCGGCGCAUACAAGCACAAUUCAUCGCACCAUCCAUACAUCGUCAUCGCCAUCAAUCGCGACGGGGGCUUUUCAAGAUGGCGUCCAACGCUCAAUUGUUGCUGCUAGUCGGGGGAGACUCCGAAUUCCCCAUCAACCUGGAUCCCCUACCGCCGUUCGAGGAUGAGUUGAUGUACCUGUUGGAAGGGGAGAAGCCGGAAUCGUCGUACUGGACGCAAGUAGCCGUAGCUCUGUUCGAUCAAGGCCGUCGAGAAGAAGCUCAAUCUCUGCUCAAUCGAGCUGCCGAACACAUUUCCAAUCGAUCAGACGUGAUGAAUGUUCAUUCCAUGCUCGUCGCACUCUACAUCAGCGAUGCUCGAACGCUUCCAAAGAUGAUCUUGAACGAUGCAAAGUUUCAACAGAUUCAAGGAUUGCCCACCAAAGACGUCGCGCUGGGAAGAGCUGGCAAGGCGCAACAGGACAUCGAGUUCGUUAGUAGUAAAUCUGGAAAGACUUCGGGCAUGGUCGGGUGCACGCUCUCCAAAGCGCUGCUGCUAUCAGCUCAAGGAAGGAAUGAAGAAGCUCUGCGUCUAUUCGACUCUGUGCUGUCCAUGCCCGCAAGGCGCUCUCACCCCAUCGCCAUCCUAGGCAAAGCGUGUUGCCUCUUGCGCAAAAGAGCUUAUCCCCUCGCCCUCAAGCUUUACCAGGAAGCUUUGAGCAUCGUGCUUGCGCAGAAUGCUCGAGCCAAAAAGCAAUCCGAAACGGAAGCGCACGAUACGGAUUGGUCAGCGCCUACUUCCAACCGGUACAAGUGGCACAAUUGGAAAGGCCCCGAUCCUCGAGUCGGUAUCGGAUUGGCACUUUGGGGAAUGGGAAGGCAAGCAGAAGCGAGAAGAGCCUGGAGCAGAGCAGUCUCCGUCGAUCCAAACAAUGCAGCUUCCAGCCUGCUCUUGGGACUCUCUUCCCUUCAAAUUGCAAAGAGCCUGCAAACGCCCAUUGAUCCCUCGACGGGUGCACCUGCCAAAAGCGCAUCAGUCGAGGAUUCGGUCAGGGCAGAAGCGUACGCUCAUGCCUUGUCAAGCAUACAGAAAGCUUGGAAGUUGGACAAUACCAUCGCUACGACUGCUUGCGCCUUGGCGGAUCACAUCACCACUCGAGCAUCCGUAGAGGUAGCGACGCGCGGUACCGAGUGGGCUCGAGCAGAGUAUGCCAAAGCGCUCAAAUUGGGCGAACAUGCCAUCCAGCGUGCCGAUUCUAAAUCCGUCUUGAUCCAAGCUCAACUGCUUUUUGCGCGUACGGCGCACUUGGCGGCUUUGGUGGAUGAAGAGGCGCCAGAAGCGUCGAUUGGUGGAGUGGACAAUUUGGAAUUGAGAGCUUUUGCUCAGAGAUACUAUACUCGAGUCAUCGAAUCUUUCCACUCUUCUGCUGCUGCUGCUGCUGCUGGCGCCAGCAGCAAUGCGGCAAGCGAAGAGUUGCAAGCUGGACAGGCUUUGGCCACGUUAAGCUUAGCUCAAAUGCAAGUGGUUCGAGGGGAACCGCUGGGUGCGAUAGCUGCGCUGGAGGAGCUUCUCAAUCGUCACAGCGGCGCAUCUUCCAACAAGUUGAGCGGCACCAUGGAGUGCGCCCUGCUCUUGGCUUCCUUGAGAGCUUCUUCUCAUCCUGGCGCUACGGCGUCGGAAAGGGAGGCGGAUAGGGAAAAAGCCAGACCGCUUUUGGAGAGAUGCUUGAGAGCCGUCCAAGCUGCUAGGCUCAUCACCCGGGGCAGAGUACCAGACGAUGGACUAGAGGAGAAGUCUCUGGAAGCUUCAAACGAGACGCAGGAGCUGGACCAUGCGCUUGUGCUGGCGAGGAGCCCACUGGUCGGAGAAGCACUGUCGGUCAGGAGCUUGGAGGGCAUGGCAAAGCUGGGCGAUGAUCCUCUGAUACACGUACAGCUGGCCGAGCUCUGGCAAAGCGGUGCUCGACCUAACCUCUCUUCGGCUUGCAGCGCUUACAUUGCUGCACUGCGAGCGGUGCUGCUUGGUCGCUCGCACACCAAGGGGAAGGACGAGGAAGGCAACACGGUGCUCCUCGUGCGCUUGCGAAACAAUUUGGGCGCUCUGCACGGUAUCAUGGCUAUGGAGAGCUCAUCGGACGCUCAGCUAAGGUCGAGCACGCUCAGCAGUGCCAUUCGACAUUUGCAGAGCGCGCUAGAGGAAGCCAAGACGUACGAAGCUUCGCGCGCAGCGAGCACCACGACCUCCUCUUCUUCGGGUCUCUUGGACGCCGAAAAAACCACCGCGCUGUACAAUCUGGCACGAGCUCUGGAGAUAGGAGGCUCGGUCGAGAAUCUUCGCGAUGCCACCUCGGCAUACGAAGCGGUCUUGUCUGCGCACACGGAGUACGUCGAUGCCAAGGUGCGACUUGCGCUCUUGCAGGCCACGUCUGCCAGUGCGCGAGGCGAAAAGGAGAUCACGCGUUCUGCCGAUGCUCUCUUCAAAGAAGCGCUACUUUCGGACCCUUCCAACUUUGACACGCGCCUGACCUAUGCCGUCUUUCUCUCUGGCGAAAUGCCAGCUUCGCCCAGUCCUCCGUUGUGGGAGAAUAUUAAGGAAUCGUUUGCGCAGCUAUUUUACGGAAGCCAGGCGCCUGGACCUACGCUGUUCGGAGGACAGAACAAUGCGAGGGGCGUGAGGGAUGCUGCGCAGGUCGAUCCUUUCAUCCUUGCAACGCUGGGCUGGACCUAUUACCACCUUGGCCAUCUGAGCGCACUCAAAGCCGUUUCGGGAAGCGGUGGCAAUGCGGCCGGGGAAGCGAAAAAGGUGCGCAAUAGGAGCAUGGCGAGGUCCAUCGAUCUGUUGGACAAGGCGCUAGCGCUAGAUCCGAAGUGCGCAUUCGCAGCGCAGGCCCUCGCCAUCCUUUCUGCUGAAGGCAUCCUGCACGAAUUGGCCGGCGUGCAGGAAAACGAUGAGAGGAGAAGAGAGUCGGCCGAUACGGCUAUUGCGCUGCUCGGUCGCGUCAAGGACGUCAGGGAGGACCCUAGCGUGCUCGUCUGCCUCGGACACGCCCUCAUGCUUCGGGAAGACUUCGAGGGCGCACUUAGAGCUUACGAAGGCGCAGCAUUUCGUUUUUCUCAAUUGGGCAUUCAGAACGUGUCCAUCUCCACCUACCUUUCUCGUCCGCACUACCGGUUGGGCUUGCGCAGCAAGUCGUAUGUUCACCUCGAAAGAGCCGUGGGCCACCUCAGGGAAGCGCUGGAUGUGCUGGAACUGAGGAAUACGAGCAGCGCGAAUUUGGAGAGGAAUUACCUGAGGUACAAUGAGGCGGUCAUCAGGCACAAGGCUUUGCAGUUGCUCUUUGAGCUGCCUCCCGAGGCGAGGAGCGUGAAGCAGCUCAGUGAUGCUGCAAAAGCUGUGCAGGAUGCUCAGAGCAUCUUUUCUGAAUUGCUUCCCGAAGCCAAAGCUGGACGUCUAUCGUACGUGCCAGCAGAGAUGGUGGAGCAACGAGAGCUGUACGCCUCUUCUUCCUUACUGCGCACGGCUCCGGAGCACAUUGCAGCGCAAGAAGAGUACGAAGCUCGCAAGCUUGCCGACGCCUUGUCUGUGGCGGAGCGAAAGAGAGAGGCGGAAGCUGAAAAAUUGCUGGAAAAGGAGAGGCAGUUGGCCAGGCAGGCGGAAGAGGCUAGGAUUCUGAGCGAGGCGAGAAGGCAGGCUAGAGCGCAGGUUGUCACGUGGGAACCUCCACCUGAGGAGGUGAAGCUGCCCAGACCUCGGAAGAGCGAGGCCGGCGGCGCGGGUGCGGGCAAAGAGAGAAAAGGAUCGUCGGGAGGAAAGAGCAGAAGAAAGAAGAAGAGCGGAGCGGAGAGCGAGAUUGAGACGAGCGAGAGCGAGAGGGAAAGGGAUGAGCAGGAAGAGGAGGAGGGGGAGGAUGGGUACGGAUUGUCGGACGAGGGAGUGGUGGAUGAUGAUGAGGAUGUGGAUCAGGAAGCUAGAGAGAGACGCAAAGAGGAGAAGAGGGCCAGGAAGGAAGCAAAAAGAGCGUUGAAGAUGAGCAGAAAAAAGAAGAAAAAGAGCAGGGGGGAUGAUGAGGGGCAGGAGGGCGAGAUGGGCGAAGAGGAGAAUGAAGACGCUCCGGUUAGGAAGAAGCCUAGGAUGAGAAGAGCAAAGGAAGAGGAUUUGAUCGAUAGCGACGAGGAAAUGUGACGCCUCUGUACAAGUUUACACCUCUCAUCCGGCUCCUCCCCCCCUUUGGAGCAUCCAUCCGCCCAUCCGCUAAAUCACAAGCUUCAUGUCGAACGCCACUUUUCGCUUUCAUGCAAAACCCUCUUGUUUGCAACGCGCAAUCUCCCGUCGUACAUUUGCAGCUCGUUUUGUGGGGUGUUGGGGCGUGGUUUAAUUUCGCGUAGAUAGCACGCCCGAUUUUGCACCGUUGAGACUCUUCCUGUGCUACACACUCUAGGGCGC